UACUUCAUAAGUGCCACCCAACAUCAUAGUACACAAAAACAAAGUAUCUCCAGCUCAACAUUAGAGCACGUUGUUAAUUAGAUCCAUCUAUAUCUACGCUGCGUUGACUCCAAUCUAUUCAACGACUACCUGCACUCUCGCAGUGUCUCUCUCCAUUCCCAUUCUCCCUCUCGUCACAAAAACAAUGCCUCAUUCUUCUUCUUCUUCUUCUCCCGUUUCAACCAUUUCCAAUCUCCGUAUUCGCGCCCUAAUACUUUGGUCCUCCAAGAACUACGCAAUAGCUGCAUUCGUUUUCCUCCUACUCUUCUCCCUCACUCUCUUCUCUCACUUGGAUUCCCGUUCCCGUUCGCAUUCCCGUUACCCCUCCCAUCCACGCUCCACCCUCGUUCCCUUAACGCUCCUCCAUAACGCCAACCGAACGCGCGCGCUUUGCUUGGACGGGAGCGCCCCCGGUUACCACUUCCAAAGCGGGUUCGGAUCCGGAUCUCUCAAUUGGUUGCUCCACAUUGAGGGAGGAGGGUGGUGCAAUUCAAUAGCUUCAUGUACUCAACGAAAAUUCACCCAUUUGGGGUCUUCCAAUUAUAUGGAAAAAAGUAUUCCUUUUUCAGGAAUACUGAGCUCUGACCCCUCUCAAAACCCAGGUUAGAUAUCUGUAACUGUAACGUGCUUAUAUCGUUGUUUUAACUUUUAAAUUCCACAGGCUGC